AACGCUCUCUCUCGGUCUCUCUCUCUCCCUCACUCUCACUCUUUAUUCUCUCUUAUUUCUAUUUCUCUUAAUGCGUGUUCAAUGCUAUUCUGGUUGUUCACAUUGGGUUUCGGCGCCCUCUGAAAGCCUCACAGACUUUGAAUGGCGUAGGCCACUGCCUGGUUUGAACUUAAAGAAAACAGAACAUUUCCAAAACUUGGCCGACCAAUCAAAAGAGAGAGAGAAAAGAGAGAGGGAAGCAGAGAGCUGAAAAAGUAAAAGCAAAGAGGAAAAAUAAGCUACACCGAGUAAGAGCGAAAAGAGAGAGGGGAGAGGAGGAGAGGCCCUGUGACCUCAUGUGACAUGUGACGUGGGCUCCUCCACUCACGGAGGGGAGUUGGAGGAUGGCGAGGACGCAAAGAGAGCUGUGGCUUUAGCCGGCGCUAGCUAACACUGACGCUCCAGUCAGGUCACCACCGUGGGACACCACGUCUCCUGACAGAGAGAGAGAUUACCUGGCUAACCUCAGAGCCCCUGCCCACUGACGGACCGGACCAGCACAGCACCACACCUCCCUGCCACCCCACCGUGGCCUGCUAACAAGACAUCCAGACCCGAUACAACAACGGUUGGUCGUUAUCGACUGUAGAGAGGGCUGACGACGGCUCUGGCACCACUUCAGCCACGAGGACAUGGCUUCCAACAGCAUCUUUGACUGCUUCGGGAACUACGGCCCCACUCUACUGAGAGACCCUACCACCACCAGACGGUUCACACCGCCCUCCACGUCGUUCCCCUGCAGCAAGAUUGGAGACGGCAGCGGGACCAUGGGCACCCCUGGACCGCUGAGGACACGACCCGAGGCCAGGAAUGUGGUGGACGUCCUGUCAGACCACGCUGGCGAACUGGUCCGGACGGACAGCCCAAACUUCCUCUGCUCCGUGCUGCCCUCACACUGGAGGUGCAACAAGACACUCCCUGUGGCUUUCAAGGUUGUCGCACUCGGUGAUGUGCCCGAUGGGACUUUGGUCACAGUGAUGGCGGGGAACGACGAGAACUACUCAGCGGAGCUUAGGAACGCGUCUGCGGUGAUGAAGAACCAGGUCGCCCGCUUCAACGACCUGCGGUUCGUGGGCAGGAGCGGACGAGGAAAGAGCUUCACUCUAACCAUCACAGUCUUCACCGGUCCUCCUCAGGUGGCCACCUACCACCGUGCCAUUAAAGUGACUGUGGAUGGGCCCAGGGAACCCAGACGUGAGUACUUACAGGGACACAGGGUGAAGAUGGAGGACCCCCAGAAGAUGCAGUUCUCUGAUAGGCUGACAGAGAUUGAGCGCUACCAGCGGGCCAGCCUGAGGAUGGGGCCUGGUAACCCCCAGCCCCGGCCCAUGCACCAGAGCCACCUGGGGCCCUCUACCCAGUCCCAGAUACAAGCCCUGUGGUCUGACCAGAUUGACCCACCAACUCUGAAGACAUGCAAGGUGGAGGACGACCUCAGAUGGUCAAGUCCCACCGCUGACCUCUUCCCCCAGAGGACCACCUUCCCUUCUCUGUCCCCGCUGACCGACCCCCGUUUCUCAGACCCACGUAUGCACUACCCAGGGGCCUUCACCUACUCAGCCAACCCCUCCAGCACGGGCAUCGGAGGCCUCAGUGUGACAGGCAUGUCCGCCUCCUCCCGCUACCACACCUACCUGCCCCCGCCCUACCCUGGAAACCAGAACCAGGGCAGCCACUUCCAGUCCAACUCCUCCCCCUACCACCUGUACUAUGGCACCGGGUCCGGCUCCUACCAGUUCUCCAUGGUGGGCCCGGCCGGGACCGGGGGUGAGCGUUCCCCCACCCGCCUGCUGCCUUGCUCUGGAGUCUCAGCCUCUGGAGGGGGCAACAGCCUGAUGAACCAGGGCCUGAACAACCAGAGCGAGGGUGUGGAGGCAGACGGCAGCCACAGCAACUCCCCCACGGCCAUGAGCGGCUCUGGACGCAUGGACGAGUCUGUCUGGAGGCCUUAUUGACUGUCAGACAGCUAGAGGAAAUGCAGGAGAGAGAAGAGAGAAAGAGCAAAAGUAAAGAAGAUGAACGAACAAAAAAAGAUGAAUCCUCCCCCAAAAAUAAAUGCUGCAUGUUUGUAUUUUAUUUCUCGCGCACUCGCUUCGUACCCUUUUCCUAGUUGACCAAAGACAUUCACUGUCUGUCAGGAUGCCAUGGCCAGAGGUGGCCUUUAUGCAAGCCAUGGAUAUAUCCUGCACUGUGACAGGGACUACUCUCUGAGGCUCUGAAACCAUACAAAUCUCAUGCUUUUCAAUUUAUGAGUAAGAAAUGCAAAAUAACUGUAAAUAGAUGUUAUGGUGUUACAACAAAAAGCCAUAGUAAUAAAUCAGGAUCUUUUGAAAAACAGGUACAUGCAUACCAAAGACUAUGAAAGGCAAAACCUUCAUAGCCAUUCACUCUAUGUAGCUGAUGAACUGACAAAAUGCUAGUGCUAUUGUGGUUAACUAGCCAACACGACCAAAACGAUCCUUUUCCCUCAGAUGACAGUACCUUUCUUGGCAUUACAAGCUAAGCAUCCAGACCAGUGACUGUACUGCCUCAACGGCCUUUCACUGUCAGGUGAUAACAGAGGUCAAAUAUGAUGUUUGCUUCACGAGUGUCUCAGAACCUGCCCUAGAUGGCUUGUGGCUGUAUUGCUAAUGUAACAUAACAGUUGAUUCUGAAGCUUUUAUUGGGUGUGAGGUUUGGAGAUUCACCCUUCAGUCCAUGAAACAUCAUUAAAAACAAUACAUGGUCUCAAAGUAAUUCUGCAUUGCUUGGCAAUUUAAUGUACUAUUUGUACUGAUGUCCGAGUGAUGCUCCCCUGUAAAGUUGUUAAUGUAUUGAUAAUCUAUGCAGUAGAAUAGCUGAUAUUUUGAAGACUGUACAGGACAUUAGCAGAUUUUUUUAUUUUUAAGCAGGAAUUUUAUGGAUUCCUUUUGUUUUAGUUUGUUGGACUGUUUUCUUUAUUUUGACUUAUGAUAUAUACACUGAGUGUACAAAACAUUAAGAACACCUGCUCUUUCCAUGCCAUAGACUGACCAGGUGAAUCCGGGUGAAAGUUAUU